AUGUUGAAUCCAACGGUUCUUCUUCUUUUUCUUUUUUUCGUUUUUCUUCUUUUUCUUUUUCUCUUUUUUCUUCUUUCUUUUUUCUUCUUUUUCUUUUUUACUUUAUUCUUUUUCGUUUUUCUUCUUUUUCUUUUUUCUUCUUUUUCUCUUCUACUUUUUUCCUUUUUUCUCGUUUUUCUUUUUCUUCUUUUUCUUUUUUCUUUUUUCUUCUUUUUCUUUUUUCUUUUUUCCUUUUUUCUCCUUUUUCUUCUUUUCUUUUUCUUCUUUUUCAUUUUUCUUCUUUUUCUUUUUGAUUUUUCUCUUUUUUCUUCUUUCUUUUUUCUUUUUCUUUUUUCCUUUUUUCUUCUUUUUCUUUUUUUCUUUUUUUUUCCUUUUUUCUUCUUUUUCUUUUUUCUUUUUUUUUUUUUUUUUUUCUUUUUUUCUUUUUCUUCUUUUUUCUCUUUUUUCUUCUUUUUUCUCUUUUUUCUUCUUUUUCUUUUCCUUUUUCUCCUUUUUCUUUUUUCUUCUUUUUUCUUUUUCUUCUUUUUCUUUUUUCUCUUUUUUCUUCUUUUUCUCUUUUUUCUCCUUUUUCUUUUUUCUUUUUCUUUUCCUUUUUAUCUUUUUUCCUUUUUCUUCUUGAUGAUCGGCAGAUUGUUUCUAUCUUUCUUUCUUUUUCUUGCUUUUUUCUGCGUCUUUCUUGUUCACUCACUUUUUCUCUCUAUCUUUCGAUUUCUCUAUUUUUUUCUCUUAUACACGCUUUAUAUUUCUCUUGAUUUCUACCACAUUUUUCUCACUUUCACUCGUUCUAUCUCUCCCUUUCUCACUCUCACUCCCUUUUCUCACUCUCGCGUUUUCUCUUGUUCUUUUUCUCGCCUCCUCACUCUCUCUCAUUCUCUCUCUCUCUCUCUCUCUCUCUCUGAGAAUUCUUCUCAUCACUCUCCUCCCACCAGACUCUCUCUCUCUCUCUCUCUCCUCUGUUCUCGCUUAUGCUUCGUCCAUUUUUCUAUCUUAUCCUCUUUGUCUUUCUUCCUCUUCAAUUAUUCUCCCUUCCACGAGUUCUACUACCUUUUCUUCUUUCUCUAUAUCGUUAUCUCUCUUUUCCCCUAUUACUCUUUCAUCAUCCUCUUUUCUCUUUUCCCUCUAUUAUUUCUUGUUCGUGUAACAGCAUUCACCCGGGCCGCUAUCCAUUACUCUUCAUUUCCUUUCACAUUUUCUCAUUCUCUAUCACGUGCCCUCUCUCUCCCCCUCUCUCUUGUAUUAUUCCCUUUUCUUACUUUCCCUUGUUUCUUUCUUGCAUUUUUCUCGUUCUUGCUUUCUAUUCUUUUUGUAUAUAAUUACCCACAUUUAAUUCUUUCUUUUUCAUCUCUCUCUCUUUCCCACUCACUCUCUCUCUCUCUCUCUUUCCCACUCACUCUCUCUCUCUCUCGCUGUCUCUAUGGAUGCAUUUCUUUCACUUAUCUUUUCUCUACUGCGUUCUCGUUCUUUUCCUCUCCCCAUCUCUCUCUCUCUCUCUCUCUCUGUCUCUCUAAUUUUAUCUUCUUUUCUAAAUUGUUCUCACUUGUCUCACCUCUUUUCACUCUCUCUUUUCACUUUUUUCUCUCUAUCUCACCCAGUCAAUCUAUCUAUCUAUCUAUCUAUCUAUCUAUCUAUCUAUCUAUGUCAAUAUGCUCAUAUCUAUUUUAUCUGUACAUAUCUAUCUAUCUAUCUAUCUAUCUAUCUAUCUAUCUAUCUAUCUAUCAGCCUGUUAAUAUCUAUAUCUGUUCAUAUCCACAUUUAUUGAUAUCUAUCAUUUUUUUCAUUUCUAAAUGUGUUCAUAUCUUUCGUUCCUUCUAUCUAUCUAUCUAUCUAUCUAUCUAUCUAUCUAUCUAUCUAUCACUUCGUAACUUCGUCUGUUCAUAUCUAUUUAUCUCAACAUGUUCGUAUCUAAAUGUUAAUAUCUUUCAAUCUAUCUAUCUAUAUGCCAAUAUGCACAUAUCUAUCUAUCUAUCUAUCUAUCUAUCUAUCUAUCUAUCUAUCUAUGUCAAUAUGCUCAUAUCUAUCUAUCUAUCUAUCUAUCUAUCUAUCUAUCUAUCUAUCUAUCUGUCUGACCAGUUCUUAGGUGGCUAA